UGUUGCACAUUGUAGUCCACAGGCCUUUUCCGGGGCACCAGAGGGGAAACUUCACCGCCAUGUGAUUGAGCCCUUUUGAGGAUAACUGGGUCGACAUUUCAUAAAGCAGGGAGGCCCUCUGGCUAAUGACCAAUGUCCGCACAAAGCCUCUCUCUCUCUUUUUUUCCUGCCAAUUACACAAACAGAAACAAGCCUCCGCUAUGGACCAGAGGAGGACUUCGCCCGCGUUAAACCACAGAAACUGCGCCACAGGUUUCACACAGAGAGAUGCUGUUGUUGCAGACGGUGCUACGGCGAGCAUCACUGGACAUUUCCUCAUUAUCUCCCCGUCCAGAUUUUGGAGAUGGAAGAGCGGAGGCAGCACAGACAAGGAGGUCACUGUAUGGACUGUAUCCUUACAAGUCCAGCAUGAUUGGCAUGGAGAACCUAGGCGAUCCAUCAGGUAACUGGGAUAUAGUGGAGACCAUUGGUAAAGGAACGUAUGGCAAAGUCUACAGAGUGACCAACAAGAAGGAUGGGAGUCAGGCAGCGGUCAAAGUGCUGGAUCCAAUCAAUGAUGUGGAUGAGGAGAUCGAAGCAGAAUACAACAUCCUGAGGUCCCUGUCCAACCACCCUAAUGUGGUGAAGUUUUUCGGCAUGUUCUACAAGUCAGACAACCAAGCAGGUGGACAACUUUGGCUGGUACUUGAGCUGUGCAACGGCGGCUCUGUCACAGAACUCAUCAAAGGCCUGCUCAUCCGAGGCCAGCGUCUGCAGGAGCCCGUUAUCUCAUACAUCUUAUACAGUGCCCUGUUGGGUCUUCAGCAUUUGCACAACAACCGGAUCAUCCAUCGUGACGUCAAGGGCAACAACAUCCUCCUGACAACCGAGGGAGGAGUCAAACUGGUUGACUUUGGUGUUUCAGCACAAUUGACCAGCGCACGAUUACGGAGGAACACAUCAGUCGGCACUCCGUUUUGGAUGGCCCCUGAGGUCAUAGCCUGCGAGCAGCAGUACGACUACUCGUAUGACGCCCGCUGUGAUGUGUGGUCUCUCGGCAUCACAGCCAUCGAGCUGGCAGACGGAGAUCCCCCGCUGGCUGAGAUGCAUCCAGUCAAAGCACUCUUCAAGAUCCCCCGAAAUCCCUCCCCGACGUUACGAAAUCCAGAGGAGUGGUGCAGAAGUUUUAGCCACUUCAUCAGCCAGUGUCUGAUAAAGGAUUUUGAGGCACGUCCAUCCGUGACCCACCUCCUGGAGCAUCCCUUCAUCAAACAGGCCCAAGGCAAAGACGUGGCGCUCCAACAGCAGCUAGCCGCUCUCAUCCUGGAGCAGCAGGAAGCCGGCUGCAAAACCAAAACCAAGCACGAGCGGAUCAAUACUCGUAAAACCCUCAUAAUAGAGAGCUGCCCUGAUGACGAUCUGGUCAACCUGGAGUUCUUAGAUGAGGAGACAAUAAUCAGCCAUCUCCAGAAGAGGUACGAUGAGCUGCAGGUGUACACUUACGUCGGUGACAUCCUCAUCGCUCUCAAUCCCUUCCAGAAUCUCAGCAUCUACUCCCCACAGUUCUCUAAGCUGUACCACGGUAUGAAGCGAGCUGACAACCCUCCACACAUCUUUGCUACUGCAGACGCAGCCUACAGAGGCAUGGUGACGUUCUGCAAAGACCAGUGUAUCAUAAUCAGUGGGGAGAGUGGAGCAGGGAAAACAGAGAGCGCUCACCUGAUUGUUCAACAUCUUACCUUCUUGGGAAAGGCAAACAAUCGGACUCUACGUGAGAAGAUCUUGCAGGUGAACCCCCUCGUGGAGGCCUUUGGAAACGCCUGCACAGCUAUAAAUGACAACUCCAGCCGCUUUGGUAAAUACCUGGAGAUGAAGUUCACACCCACUGGAGCCGUCAUCGGGGCCAAGAUAUCUGAGUACCUGCUGGAGAAGUCGAGGGUCAUCAAACAGGCGACAGGGGAGAAAAACUUCCACAUAUUUUAUUACAUAUACGCUGGGCUUUACCACCAGGACAAGCUGAAGACUUACAGUCUACCAGACAGGACACCUCCCAGGUAUAUCGACAGUCAGCACCGCACAGUGAUGCAGGACAUCGUCUCCAGCAAACUGUACAAGGAGCAGUUUGACGCCAUUCAGGAGUGCUUCAGAAAUAUUGGCUUUACUGAAGAGGAGGUCAACUCCGUUUACAGAAUUCUCUCAGCCAUUUUGAACACGGGCAAUAUUGAAUUUGCUUCCAUCACAACCCAACACCAGACAGAUAAGAGUGAAGUGCCCAACGCAGAGGCCUUAGAGACCGCUGCGUCUCUCCUCAGCAUCGGCCCUGAGGAGCUCCAGGAGGCGCUGACCUCCCAGUGUGUGGUCACCAGGGGUGAGACCAUCAUCCGCACCAACACGGUGGACAAAGCCGCUGAUGUCCGAGACGCCAUGUCCAAGGCCUUGUACGGACGCCUCUUCAGCUGGAUAGUCAACCGCAUUAACUCCCUGCUGCAGCCUGACAUGAAUAUCUGUGCCGCGGAGAGCAGCAUGAAUGUGGGAAUCCUGGACAUCUUUGGAUUUGAAAACUUCAAAAAGAACUCGUUUGAACAAUUGUGCAUCAAUAUCGCAAACGAGCAGAUCCAGUUCUACUUCAACCAGCACAUAUUCGCCCUCGAACAGAUGGAAUAUCAGAGCGAGGGGGUGGAUGCCAGCCUGGUGGAGUACGAGGACAACAGGCCCAUCCUGGACAUGUUCCUGCAGAAGCCCAUGGGUCUGCUGUCCCUCAUGGACGAGGAGAGCCGCUUCCCUCAGGCCACUGACCAGACCUUAGUGGAUAAAUUUGAGGACAAUUUGCGCUGCAAGUACUUCUGGAUACCGAAACGUGUGGAGCUUUGUUUUGGGAUUCAACAUUAUGCAGGAAAGGUGAUGUACAAUGUGAACGGGUUCUUGGAGAAGAACAGAGACACUCUUCCUGCAGACAUUGUCGUGGUUCUGAGAACAUCGGAGAACAAACUUUUGCAGCAGCUGUUUUCCAGCCCGUUAACUAAAACAGGAAAUCUGGCCACGUCCAGAGCCCGGGUCACCGCUGCCUCCAGAUCUCUGCCGCCGCAGCUUGGCUCAGGACGCACGAAGUCUCCCAAAUACCUAUUGAAGGUGGACACUAUGGAGAUGAUGCGUCACCCUGAGGAGACCACCAGCAUGAGGAGACAGACUGUAGCCUCAUAUUUCCGUUACUCCCUGAUGGACUUACUGUCAAAGAUGGUGGUGGGUCAGCCACACUUUGUGCGCUGCAUCAAACCCAAUGAUGAUAGGCAGGCGCUGCGCUUCUGCAAGGAGAGGGUGAUGGUGCAGCUGCGCUACACGGGGAUCUUGGAGACGGUGAACAUCCGCCGGCAAGGCUACUCCCACCGCAUCACGUUUGAAGAGUUUGUCAACAGAUAUUACUACCUUGCAUUUCGGGCUCACCAGAUGCCUGAGACCAGCAGGGAGAACACCGUCGCCAUCCUCCAGCGGGCCAAACUGGAAGGCUGGGUGCUGGGGACAACAAAGGUUUUUCUGAGGUACUACCAUGUGGAGCAGCUGAACCUGCUGCUGAGGGAGGUGAUAGCUCGGGUGGUCGUAAUGCAAGCUUACACCAAAGGCUGGCUGGGUGCCCGGCGUUACCGAAAAGAGAGGGAGAAGAGAAGCCGCGGGGCUGUUGUCAUCCAGUCAGAGGCAGGUCAGCAAUCUCUUCCACACAUACACACACACACACACACACACACACACACACACACACACACACUGUCUCUAUCUCUUUCCCCAGCCUGGAGGGGCCAUGUUGCUCGGCAGAACCUCAAGCAAAUAAAAAAAGAGCGGGAAGUGGCAGCUGUCCGCAUUCAGUCAGCUUACAGGGGCCAUCGGGUGCGUCGGGACCACAGACCCCAAAGGCAGAAAUGUCACCCUGAGGCUGCAGGGAAGACCACCAUGGAGGGGUGUACAGGGUCUAACAGCACGAAGAGCAAAGAGGCACAUGCAGAUCACAUACAAAGAGGAAACGUUGGCCUCGACAGCCGAGACAGACAAGUGAAAGACAUCAAGAGAGACAAAGGCAGAGCAGAAGACAGUGUAACGAAGCCUUGCAGGGAGACAGCAAGGCUGCGAGACAUGCAGUGUAAACAAGGUCCAGUGAUGAAGCUGCAGCAGAGAACUCCUCGCCGGCGGGGCCAGCAGCCCAAGCUGCUCAACAGCCCUGAAGACAGCCUGUACUACAACCAGCUAAAUAGAACUCUGGAUUACCAGGGGAGCAAGAGGAAGCCGAGAAAACUUGGUCAAAUCAAAGUGCUGGAUGGAGAAGAUGAGUACUACAAAUUACUGUCAACUGUGGAGUCAAUCCCCGAGGAAGAGUACGCGACUGCCCCCCCCUCCCACCCUUUCUAGCGGGCCCACUCGUCAGUCAGAGCUGAGCCUUACAACCAUGUCAACCGAUUGCCUUCUUUAACCUGAACUGGAUGGGAACCAAAACAAACUCAGCGACACACGUCAUGUCUGUUGUACAUUUUUAUUUAUUUCUAGCAAACUGCAGUUUUAUAUGAGGCAAAUAAACGUGUUUAAACUGCUGA